AUGAUUGUCGGAAUCGCCCUUUUCAUCCUACUGCUCCUCUUCUGCAUUUGCAAACGGUGUAUCUUCAAGCGGCGCAAAAAGGAAAAAGGCGGCAAGAAAGGCAAGGUGGACAUGAAGAGCGUUCAGCUUCUUGGCAAACAGUUGGGAGCUGACAAGGGCGACUUGGAUGAGCUUGAGGCAAAUAUGGAGGACAACGAGGGUGCUGAUGGAGAGAAAGAGGCUGUCAACUUAGGCAAGCUGCAGUUCUCCAUUGACUACGACUUCAGUAAAGGAGAGGUGAAUUUGUUUGCCACUCCCCAUCUU